AUGGCUCCACCGGCUUUACGUCCUGAGAAUGCCAUUAGAAGAGCUGACGAAUUAGUCUCUGUUGGCGAGCCAAUGGCUGCGUUGCAAUCUCUAUUUGAUUUAUUAUCUUCAAGAAGGUCUCGUUUUGCUGAUGCUGCCACUUUGGAACCUAUAAUCUUCAAGUUCUUGGAACUUGGUGUUGAAUUGAGGAAGGGUAAAAUGAUCAAGGAAGGUUUAUACCAAUACAAGAAGCAUAUGCAACACACUCCCGAAGGUUUGAUUUCUGUAGGUGCUGUUGCUCGUAAAUUCAUCGAUUUGAUCGAAACUAAGAUGACCAACAUCCAAGCGCAAACUGAUGCCAAAGAAGAAUCCAACAAGGACCAAGCCGAAGAGGAUCUAGAGGGUGGUGUCACCCCAGAAAAUUUGUUGGUUUCUGUUUACGAACAAGAACAAACUGUUGGUGGAUUCAACAAUGAUGAUGUUUCAGCUUGGUUGAGAUUUACCUGGGAAUCUUACCGUACCACUCUAGAUUUCUUGAGAAAUAAUUCUCAAUUGGAAAUCACGUAUGCGGGUGUUGUUAACAGAACCAUGCAAUUCUGUUACAAAUAUAACCGUAAGAAUGAAUUCAAGCGUUUAGCUGAAAUGUUACGUCAACAUUUGGAUGCCGCAAACUACCAACAACAGAGAUAUGGUCACCACACUGUCGAUUUAUCAGAUCCUGACACUUUGCAACGUUAUUCUGACCAACGUUUCCAACAAGUUAACGUUUCUGUUAAAUUGGAAUUAUGGCAUGAAGCUUUCAGAUCCAUUGAAGAUGUUCAUCAUUUGAUGCGUCUCUCGAAGCGUGCUCCAAAGCCCUCUGUGUUGGCCAACUACUACGAAAAUUUGGCCAAGAUCUUCUUUGUCUCUGGUAACUAUUUAUUGCACGCUGCUGCAUGGGAAAAAUUCUACAAUUUGUACUUGAAGAAUCCAAAUGCUUCCGAAGAAGACUUUAAGUUCUAUUCAUCUCAAUUUGUCUUGUCCGCUUUGGCAAUUCAAUUGGAUGACUUACCAAUUGCUGGUUUCGAUCCUCAAAUUCGUCUAUGUGACUUACUAGACCUUGAAAGUAAACCAAAGAGAAAGGAUUUGAUUACUGCUGCUGGUGAACAACAAGUCGUAGAGAAAGCUGACGCUGAUAUUUUGAAAUUCUUCAAUAUAUUGGAAACUAAUUUCGAUGUGAAGUCUGCUAAGUCUCAAUUGUCUGCACUUUUGCCAAACUUGGUUGAAAAGCCAUAUUUCGCCCAAUACGUGGCUCCAUUGAGAAACCUAUUCAUCAGAAGAUCCAUCAUUGAAGUCUCAAAGGCUCAAACAUCUAUUCACUUAGUUGAAUUGCAUGAAAUGUUGUCACUGCCAGCUCCUUUCGAAUUAUCUGUUUUUGAACUAGAAAAAUACUUAAUCCAAGCUGCUAUGGAUGAUUAUGUUAGUAUUUCCAUUGACCAUGAAACUGAUACCGUUUCAUUUGCCCAAGAUCCAUUUGACGCUUGGCAAGCAUCUCUUGUUGAAGUUCCCGAAUCUAGCACUUCUGAUGAAGCAAAGAACUCUGAAUCCGAAGAGGAAACCUCCCAAGAAACGCAUGCUGAUGAGGAACAGAAUGAACAAGUCUUCACUCGUAACUCAGAAGUCCGUUCUAAGUUGACUGAUCUAUCCAAGAUCUUAAAGGCCAACGAAGAAUACGAAAAUGGUUCUUACUAUUACAGAGUCAAACUUGUGCGUGAAGAAUUGAUCAGAAGAAAGGAAGAAGUUAUCAAGUUAGAAAAGGAAGCUGCUGAAAUUAGAGCUAAGAGUAACGCUGAACGCAAGAAGAGAAGCGAAGAAGAAAACAAGAUUCUUGCCAAGAAGGCUCUAGAAGAAAGGCAAAGACGUAUGGCUGAGGAAAAGGCUGCUGUUGAAUCUUCUAUGGAGAAAGAAGCGGAACGUCGUGCUGAAGAAAUGAUGGAACGUGAGAGAGAAGCGAUCCAUGAACAAGAAAUGAAGAAGUUGAUUGCUGAAACUAAUGCCAAUGGUGUCAUUCAUAUUGAUCCAAAGGAAGCCAAGAACCUAACAAGUGAUAAGAUCAACCAAAUGGUCAUUGAACAAGUAGCCAAGAACAAGAAGGAUUUGACUGAACGUAUGACCUAUGCCUUCAAGAAGUUAGAUCACCUGGAAAGAGCCUAUAGACAAAUGGAAUUGCCAUUGUUAGAAAAGGACGCUGAAGAGCAAAAAAAGAGGGAUAGAGAGAAUUACGACAAUUUCAAGAAGAAGUUAAUUGAGACUUCCAAGGCCGACUAUGAAAAGAAAUUGGCUCUACAUCAACGUUUGAACAAAAUCUACAGUACUUUCAACCAAUACAAGUCAUCUGUUAUCGCUGAAAAGAAGGAAGAGUUAGAAAAACAACGCGCCUUGAAGGAAGCUCAAUUAGAAGAAGCUAAGAAGCAAAGAAUUGAACAAGUCCGUAAGGAACGUUAUGAAGCUAAAGUUGCUGAAAUACAAGCUGCAAUUGAAGCUGAAGCUGCUGAAAAGGAGGCUUUGGCUAAGGAGGAAGAACUUGCCAAGAGACGUGCCGAACGUGAAAGAAUCAACAAGGAAAGAGACGAAAUUGCUAGAAAGCAAAGAGAAAUCGAAGAACUUCUUGAAAAGAAGAACGGUAGCUCUAGAUCUAGCCCUGUUCCUUCUACUCCAACCCCAGCACCAGCACCAGCACAAACUGCUCCGGUAUCCAAUAAACCAAUGUCUAUGGCUGAAAAGUUGAGACUGAAGAGAAUGAAUGCUGGAAGAGGUUAA